CAGAGCAGCGCAGUCUAAUUCCAGCGCACCUGCAGCGGUGCGGGCUGAUAAACGCGUUUCCUCUCAGGUGACGCCGUUUGUCCCGACAUGAACUCGCACCAGUUCGUUUGGUUGCUUUGGUUGGCGGGUCUGCGAUUCUCUGGAGGUCAGGUUCUGGGAUGUCACGAAGGCCAAUGGCAGUGUGAUGAUGGGAACUGCAUUCCUCAUAAGUGGAGAUGUGAUGGGGAUGGAGACUGUCUGGACGGAUCGGAUGAAAUGGAGUGUGCUGGCUUUCCAGCGUGUCCUCCCGGUCAGUUUCCGUGCAUCGACACCGUCGGCUGCGUCAACGCGUCGGCCCGCUGCGACGGCCAGCGCCACUGUCCCACUGGGUCCGAUGAAGAAAACUGCACGGGCGUCGUCGGCUGUUUGGACUCGGACUGGACCUGUCGGAACCACAUGUGUGUUCCUAAAGAGCUCCGCUGCAACAGAGUGAAUGACUGCGUGGACAACUCUGACGAGGAGGCCUGUGAGGUGUGUGCUGAGAACAGCCCACGGUGUCCUGAUGGGACAUGUCUGUCUGCUGAACGCAGAUGCGACGGGCAGGUUCACUGCUCCGAUGGCAGUGAUGAGCCCAUAACUUGUGGUCGCGUCUGCUCUGUAGAAAAUGGCGGCUGUAGCCACACGUGUGCCGAUGAGCCCUGGGGAGCGUUGUGUACCUGUCCUGUAGGAUACAAGCUGUCCUCCAAUGGCGCGAUCUGUGAAGAUUUGAACGAGUGCGCCCCACCUUCCUCUCCCUGCAUGCAUUACUGCACCAACACGGUGGGAUCCUACUACUGCCACUGCAGAGAAGGCUUCAAACUCAAAGGGAACCUGUGUGCAGCAACAGGCAACGCUACCCGCCUGCUGACGGUUCAGGGGAGGUCGUUGGGACUCCUGAAUGUGGAGACGCAACAGUUUGAAGUUAUUCACACGCCUGUGUUUGACCCAGUGAGCGUGACCUUUGACUUCGCCCGUGGCUGGUACUUCUGGGCCGACAGUCACGGCAGCAUUUACAAAAGCGACGGGCGGCGCAGCAGCACCGUUUAUACUGGUGUGCCUGGAAUCAAGGGUCUGGCUUGGGAUUGGCUAAAUGGAAACCUGUACUGGGCCAAUCAGAAGACGGCGUCAAUCUACAUGCAGGCGCCCGAUGGGAACAGUUACACCACGGUGCUAAGCAAAAACAUCAGCCCCUCUGAUUUGGUGCUUUUACCUGUCGACAGUGUGAUGUUUUGGAUCAACGCCGGUCCAGGAGACAGGGUGACGAUAGCGAAGUCAUGGAUGGACGGUAAAGAAAUGAGCUCUCUGGCCGUGCUCACCGCUCAGUCCGCUCACAGCCUCACCGCCUGCGUGGCCGCGCGGAGGCUGUUCUGGGUCAGCGACUUCAAGAAGUCUAUAGAGACGCUGAGGAUGGAUGGGACUGGCCAUUACUCCUUCACAGGAAUGUUCAACAGGAUGCCGCCGCUCAGCUUGGCCGUCUUUGAGAACUCCUUGUACUGGGUCGACGACAAAGGGCUGUGGCAGAUCACACAGGACCGACCCAACCAGCGGCAGUUUCUCUGGAAAGACAAAGUGCCGCUGUUGAGCAUUUACAAUGAGCUGCAGCAGCCUCAAGGUCCUUCCGCGUGCUUAAAGACUCCGUGCCAACUCUGCCAGCUGACCAAAGGCAACUCCCUCGGAUUCACCUGCACCUGUCCAAACUCCAAAGUACUGUUGCUCGAUGGGACAUGUCAAUACCCAAGAUUUUUAUACGCUGUCAAUUCCCACAUCAACCUGUUGGAGUUCAGGGACAAAGAAUCCACCCAAGCCCUGCUGUUUGACACCAGUGACGGAAUCCUGUCCUUUGACCUGGACUGGUACAGAGACUGGGUAUACUGGGUCAACCAAACUGGGCACAUCCAACGCACCAGUCCAACCCAGAUGACGACUGAAGUGGUUCCAACAGUCCUGCCAGUCUGCGUGAUAAAAGUAGACCAGAGGAGCGGCAGCCUUUAUUGGAUGUCAUGUGAUCAAAGCAGCAUUGGCACAAACGCUGCCGACGGUCACUCGCAGCAGCUCUACAGUACAAAGAAAGAGAUCCGGGACUUUACUCUGGACUGGCUGAGGGGUGAGCUCCUCUGGAUGGAGGAAAACGGGCUUUUCUCCAUGAGCGUGAUGGGAGGUCAGGUCCGGGAGCUGCUGCAGUUAGCGGGAGGAGUCAGAGGGAACGUGGCCUUUGACCUCCGGGCCAACAGUCUGCUCUGGAACUCCAAAAGCACCGGUUUGACGACUAUGAGUUUGCUGCAGGAGAGAAGGCAUCGAGCCGGAAGGAGGUGGAACAUUUCAGGCUCGGUCGUAGCCGCCUUUGAGCCGUUCCUCUUGUCCCUCUCUGAUGACGUCAUGACUCUGUGGGACCGACGUGACGGGAGUCCGAUCCAGCACGUGAAAGUGGAAGGUCAAGUGUUCGGCGUGAUCGCUGCACUGAGGGAGAUCCAGACAGCUGCCAGUGCUCCUGUUUGCCAUGAGCCGUCGGUGCUGUGCCGAUCCUCCUCAAUCUGCCUCCCACCUGCCCGGCUGUGUGACGGGAGAAGGGACUGUCCUCAUGGAGAUGAUGAGGAGUUCUGCGUUAUAACCUGCCCUUCCAAAGAGGAUUUUAUGUGCAAGGAUAGAAGAAAUUGCAUCUCAAAGAACGGCGUGUGCGACGGCCGCGCUCAAUGUCGCGACGGCUCUGAUGAGGUCGACUGUCCGACUCAGGGGAGGGUCCCCAAGUGUCUCUCAGGCUCCAGCCUGUGUGCAGAUGCCAAGGAGUGUGUGUUAGACAGCCAUGUGUGUGAUGGAGAGAAGGACUGCACGGAUGGAUCUGAUGAGCUUAACUGUCCAGACCCGUCCACUGCUGCACCCCCUGAGCUGCUGUGCAACCUGGGCUCAAAGCCUUGUACCAAUGGCAGGGAGUGUGUCUUACACAGCCACGUAUGCGAUGGGGAGAGCGACUGUAUGGAUGGCUCUGAUGAACGGGGAUGUCCAGAAACCUGCAGAGAAGGGGAGUUUCAGUGCGCCCACGGGAGGAAGUGCAUCCCCCGUGCUCAGGUGUGUGACCGGAAGCCUGACUGCCAGGACCGCUCCGAUGAACUGGACUGCUGGGAACGCAGCAAGAGCUGCCAGCAUCGCUGUGCUGACAACAAGCGCUGCAUCCCGGCCAGUUUUCUGUGCGACGGCGAGCGAGACUGCGUGGACGGCUCUGAUGAGGUGGACUGUGGUCCCGUUUCUGUCCCAACCACAGCGGCUCCUGUCGUUACGUCCACAUCAGUUUGCACCACUCCAUCAGUUCGCUGCCCAGGGUCGUCGCUGUGCGUCUCCCAGACCCAGCUGUGUGAUGGACACAGAGACUGCCCCGAUGGGUUCGACGAGAACAACUGUGUGUCACAGUGUAAAAAGCGAGAUGAGUUUUUGUGCAACGAUCGGAGGAAGUGCAUCCCCAGGAAGCAGGUGUGUGACGGUCGAGCCCACUGUCCGGACGGGUCCGAUGAGAGGCAGUGUCGGUCCAUAGAUCCUGUUCCUGCCACUUCUUCUUUGCCUGAGCCCAAAUCACCGCUCACGUGCCACAUAGGGUCUAAGCCGUGUAAAGAUGGACGACACUGUGUUCUGCUCAGUCACGUGUGUGACGGAGAGAAGGACUGCGGGGACGGAUCGGAUGAAGUGGAAUGUGAUGCCACCACUGUUGUUCUGCCAGAAAACCAUCACGUAAAUGAUUCCCCCGCGGCCCUCGGACCCAUGACUCAUCCUCCCGUUCAGCAGAUCUGCACCAGCCCCUUGCUUCUGUGUCCAGGUUCUUCUGUUUGCAUCCACCCAAUACAGCUAUGCGACGGCAAAGACGACUGUCCCGACGGAUCUGAUGAGAACUGUGUGAAAAGAUGCCGUUAUGGCACCGACUUUCUCUGCAACGACCGAAGGAGCUGCAUCUCCAGGGAGAUGGUUUGUGACGGUACCCUUCAAUGCCACGAUGGAUCUGAUGAGCUUAACUGUCCAGAUCCGUCCACUGCUGCACCCCCUGAGCUGCUGUGCAACCUGGGCUCAAAGCCUUGUACCAAUGGCAGGGAGUGUGUCUUACACAGCCACGUAUGCGAUGGAGAGAGCGACUGUAUGGACGGCUCUGAUGAACGGGGAUGUCCAGAAACCUGCAGAGAAGGAGAGUUUCAGUGCGCCCACGGGAGGAAGUGCAUCCCCCGUGCUCAGGUGUGUGACAGGAAGCCUGACUGCCAGGACCGCUCCGAUGAACUGGACUGCUGGGAACGCAGCAAGAGCUGCCAGCAUCGCUGUGCUGACAACAAGCGCUGCAUCCCGGCCAGUUUUCUGUGCGACGGCGAGCGAGACUGCGUGGACGGCUCUGAUGAGGUGGACUGUGGUCCCGUUUCUGUCCCAACCACAGCGGCUCCUGUCGUUACGUCCACAUCAGUUUGCACCACUCCAUCAGUUCGCUGCCCAGGGUCGUCGCUGUGCGUCUCCCAGACCCAGCUGUGUGAUGGACACAGAGACUGCCCCGAUGGGUUCGACGAGAACAACUGUGUGUCACAGUGUAAAAAGCGAGAUGAGUUUUUGUGCAACGAUCGGAGGAAGUGCAUCCCCAGGAAGCAGGUGUGUGACGGUCGAGCCCACUGUCCGGACGGGUCCGAUGAGAGGCAGUGUCGGUCCAUAGAUCCUGUUCCUGCCACUUCUUCUUUGCCUGAGCCCAAAUCACCGCUCACGUGCCGCAUAGGCUCUAAGCCGUGUAAAGAUGGACGACAUUGUGUUCUGCUCAGUCACGUGUGUGACGGAGAGAAGGACUGCGGGGACGGAUCGGAUGAAGUGGAAUGUGGUGUCACAGAACAGACAAAGCCCCCAAAAAGGUCCGAUAUUUCCUCAACAGUUCCUUCAAAGACGUCUCCUGCUGCCACAGCAAAAGAUGCCACCACUGUCGUUCUGCCAGAAAACCAUCACGUAAAUGAUUCCCCCGCGGCCCUCGGACCCAUGACUCAUCCUCCCGUUCAGCAGAUCUGCACCAGCCCCUUGCUUCUGUGUCCAGGUUCUUCUGUUUGCAUCCACCCAAUACAGCUAUGCGACGGCAAAGACGACUGUCCCGACGGAUCUGAUGAGAACUGUGUGAAAAGAUGCCGUUAUGGCACCGACUUUCUCUGCAACGACCGAAGGAGCUGCAUCUCCAGGGAGAUGGUUUGUGACGGUACCCUUCAAUGCCACGAUGGAUCUGAUGAGCUUAACUGUCCAGACCCGUCCUCUGCUGCACCCCCUGAGCUGCUGUGCAACCUGGGCUCAAAGCCUUGUACCAACGGCAGGGAGUGUGUCUUACACAGCCACGUAUGCGAUGGAGAGAGCGACUGUAUGGACGGCUCUGAUGAACGGGGAUGUCCAGAAACCUGCAGAGAAGGAGAGUUUCAGUGCGCCCACGGGAGGAAGUGCAUCCCCCGUGCUCAGGUGUGUGACAGGAAGCCUGACUGCCAGGACCGCUCCGAUGAACUGGACUGCUGGGAACGCAGCAAGAGCUGCCAGCAUCGCUGUGCUGACAACAAGCGCUGCAUCCCGGCCAGUUUUCUGUGCGACGGCGAGCGAGACUGCGUGGACGGCUCUGAUGAGGUGGACUGUGGUCCCGUUUCUGUCCCAACCACAGCGGCUCCUGUCGUUACGUCCACAUCAGUUUGCACCACUCCAUCAGUUCGCUGCCCAGGGUCGUCGCUGUGCGUCUCCCAGACCCAGCUGUGUGAUGGACACAGAGACUGCCCCGAUGGGUUCGACGAGAACAACUGUGUGUCACAGUGUAAAAAGCGAGAUGAGUUUUUGUGCAACGAUCGGAGGAAGUGCAUCCCCAGGAAGCAGGUGUGUGACGGUCGAGCCCACUGUCCGGACGGGUCCGAUGAGAGGCAGUGUCGGUCCCCAGAUCCUGUUCCUGCCACCUCCGCUGGGCCCGGAUCGCCUGUCUCAUGCCGCAUAGGGUCUAAGCCGUGUGCAGAUGGACGGGACUGUGUUCUGCACAGUCACGUGUGUGACGGAGAGGAGGACUGCGAGGACGGUUCCGAUGAGGAAGGAUGCGCCGCUGACUGCAAAGAAGCCGAGUUCCAGUGUUCCCAUGGGAACCGCUGCAUCCCGCGGCGGCAGGUGUGCGACGGCCAGUACAACUGUCAGGACCGCUCGGAUGAGGUGGACUGUUCGAAGCCGAGCGGCGGCUGCCACCAGCGCUGCGACAACAACACCCGCUGCAUUCCGGAGAGCUUCCUGUGCGACGGCGAGAGGGACUGCGCCGACGGCUCGGACGAGGAGAAGUGCGGGUCGGUGGCCUGCGCGCCGGACCAGUACCGCUGCGUCAGCGGCCAGUGCGUGUCCGAGGCGCUCCGGUGCGACGGAUUCCCCGACUGCGGCGACCGCUCGGAUGAGGCCGACUGCAGCCGCCCCCCGCGCUGCCCGGCCCAGCUGCGAUGCCCCCACAGCCACGAGUGCCUGCAGAAGGAGUGGCUCUGCGACGGCGAGGACGACUGCAGAGACGGGUCGGACGAGAAGGACUGCGCGACGCCGCCAGCGAAGUGCAGGGAGCAUCAGUGGCAGUGUGGAGACAGCAGUCAGUGCGUCCCUCUGUCCUGGAGGUGUGACGGGACGCAGGACUGUCACAACGGGCUGGACGAGGACAAGUGCCCGGCGAGGAAAUGCCCCCCCCACCUUUACCCGUGCGGCAGCGGUGAGUGCGUGGACCCCCGCCUGGUCUGCAACGGCCUCAUCAACUGCGCAGACGGCUCGGACGAGGGCGCCGGAUGCUCCCAGCGCAACUGCUCCAGUCCGACGGCUCCUCGCUGUGACCACCAGUGUGUCAGCGCCCCGAGCGGACCGAGCUGCUACUGCGCAGCCGGCUUCCGACUGCAGAGCCGGUCCAUGUCCUGCGUGGACAUGGACGAGUGCGACGCGUCCCCUCACGCUCUGUGCAGACACGCGUGCCUCAACACCCGCGGCUCCUACGCCUGUCACUGUCACCCCGGCUUCUACCUGGAGCCCGACGGCAGAAGCUGCAAGACCAAAGACGAGCCGCUGAUCCUGGCGUCGGUGCAGUCGGAACUGCUGCUGGUCGGAGCCCACAGCAACAGCCUGCGCCUGCUGUCCUCCGCCAGCCGCCCGGUGUUCUCCCUGGACUACCACUGGGCUCAGCACAGAGUCUACUGGCUGAGCUCCGACUAUCAGAGCAUCCGCUGGGCCGACAUGAACUCCAACAACAGAGGGACACUCAUCAAGGGGGUGAAGUCAGAGUGCAUCGCUGUGGAUUGGGUCGGUCAGAACCUGUACUGGGUGGACGGACUUCUUGGGCAGAUUUUAGCCGUGAAGCUCAGCGACACCACCGUGAGGUCUCAGGACUACACCGUGGUGCUGGGGGAGGAUCUAGAGCAGCCAAGCUCCCUGGUCCUGCUGCCCCACAAAGGGUUGAUGCUGUGGUCCCUGAUCGGCAGCAGCCCGCAGAUAGAGCGGUCGGGGAUGGACGGCUCCAAGAGGAAGGUGGUGGUGAGCCGGGGCCUGAGCUGGCCCGUCAGUUUGGCCUACGACAUGUUGGACAACCGGGUGUACUGGGCCGACGAGAAGCUGCGCUGCAUCGGGUCGGCCUCCCUGGAUGGAGACGGCGUGAAGAUCCUCCAGCUGGUCGAAACACCGAGCCCGUUCUCCGUGGGCGUCUUCAACGACCGCGUCUUUUGGUCCGACACCAAGAGAAGAACCAUCCGCUCAGCGGACAAGAACACGGGGAAAGAUCAGAAGGUUCUUCUGAAGAGGCCGGGGCAGCCGUUCGGACUGAAAGUGAUCCAUCCGCUCUCCCAGCCCGCCGUGUCCAGCCCGUGUGACCCGCUCCGCUGCUCCCAUCUCUGCCUCCUGGCUCCGGCCGUGAGGAGGCUCGCGGCGGUUUGUCGAUGCCCGAAGGGGCUGCUUCUCGCCAAGGACAAGGCGACGUGCUCGGUGCCCACGGAGUCCACGUUCAUCCUGCUGCUGUCCCGUGCCACGCUCUACCAGAUUCCUUUGCAUUCCAUGCAACGUAACGGCGUCGGGUUGAAGAAGAUGCCGAGCAGCCUCGCGCUGUCGCUCCCCGGAGUCACGGAGGCGUCCAGGCUGGACGUGUCCAUCCAGAAUCUCUCCAUCUACGUUGCUGAUGCAGCACAAGGAACUGUGGAUGUGCUGAAACUGAGCAGCUCCAGGUCAAGCAAGACACUGACACCCGUUGGCCAAGCCCUGCAACUAAAGGACGAUUCAGUCACAGCUCUGGCCGUGGACUGGGUGACCUCCAACCUCUACUGGAGCAGCACCGAGAGGCCCAAUCUCCAUGUGACCUCCCACAGUGAAGGCUACACCACCUCCCUGCUGCAGGGCUCGCUGAAGGGGACGACGGCCAUUGCGCUGCACCCCCCCUCGGGUUUACUUUGCUACACGGCCAUCGUGGUGGCCGGUGGGAGGAGCCAGGCGGAGGUGAGCUGCGCCUGGAUGGACGGCCGUAACAAAGUGGUGCUGUGGAGGAAGUCGAGCAUCCCGUCCUCGCUGGUCUUCUCCAACGGGGGAGCGGCGCUCUUCUGGGCUGACACAGGUGAGGGACUAAUCUGCUCUGUUGGCGUGGACGGAUCGGGUUAUAAACAGUACAAGACAGGACCGGGUCUGCUCGUCUCGUUCACACAUACUCAGAACAUCAUCCUCUGGGUCUCACUGGACAAAGAUGUAACAAAGCUGUGGUUCAGCGAUGGUCUGCAGCCCAAACAGCUGUGGUUUGAGACAAAGACCAACAUUGUGGAAGUCAGAGCCUACAGCAACGACAGUCAGUCCGGAACCAAUGGCUGCUCCAGCUCCAACGGAGGCUGUGCCCAGCUGUGCCUCCCCUACCCCGGAGGCCACACCUGCAAAUGCGGCCGCGGUUUCUACAGCGCCCACACCUCCUCCUGCGACCGCCUGCCCGACUGUCCUGCUGCUGGACAGGAGUCCUGCUCUGACGGAACCCGGUGCGUCAGCAGCAGCAGGUUCUGUGACGGACAGGUGGACUGUCCCGACCAGUCAGACGAACAGGACUGUCCCGACAUGGACCGCUCUCCUCCACCGACGGUCCAGAAGCACCCCGUGCUCUCAGGCAAAGAGUCGGCGCCGGCGUGCGAUCGCCUGGGCUGCAGCGGCCGCGGCGUCUGCGUCUCCGACGGCGGCGUCAGUCGCUGCCAGUGUGCGGCCGGCUACAAGGGCGAGUUCUGCCAGGAGACGGAGCCGGAACCGGGCCGGAGCCCUGCGCCGGUGGUGCUGAGCGUCCUCUGCCUCAUGGCGGCGGUGGUGGCGGCUGUGGUGAUCUACGCUAAAAGGAGAAGCCGGCCGCUCGUCAGAACCAGAUCCGCGGAGAAGGAGACUCUGAUGGCCAACAUAAGCCUGCCCUGCGAACACUCCGAAUCUGACACCGAGGAGCUGGAGUCUCCAGUGGAUGUGAAGAGCCCAUCGCUCCCAUUAACAGCACUAUAGAUGCUGCUUCUGAAACCCUCAGGAGGAAACCUGUUGUGGACUGUCUUUAUAAUAAACAUGGGCUGAACCAGACACCAGGCUCCACACAAUGCUUUAUUUGUUCUGUAACAUUCACUGCUUGGUAAUAAGCUGCCGUUCUCGCAGGCUAUCGGCUGCUGACAUCUGGCAAAUUCAAUGAGCUUAUCACAUUUCAUGUGUAACAAAGGUAUCAGGACUGGCUAACGUAGAGCAACAGGCUUAAAUCAGAGCAGAAGGAGCUGUCGUUAGGUCUACGUCUGGCACCGGCCGCGGUUCCGGUUCUCCGACGGGCAGAUCUCAAGGAACUAAGCCGAGCUAAUAACCCCUCGGCUGAUGUGCAGCACUUCCUCCUGUUCAUCAGCCAGCUUCAAAGGUGACUGGGACACAUUCCUUCAGCUUUCACAUCUCUAUGAAGCGCUGUCUGCGUAAGAAGUGACUUGAUCAGAUGAGAUUAAAGGAAAUGAACUGAUAACGUCUUAAAACUCCACGUUUGAACACUAUCCUUCAGCUGUAACUGACUUUGCUGUGAACUAGUGCUAAACGUCCACGUUGCUCCUGUUAUGGCUGCUUGAGGGUGUGUCCUCCCACACAGCUCCACACGCUCUGCGCUCCACCUCAUGCCUGCGACUGAAGGAGCACGUGAGCCUCAAAUGCCAUUUCUGUCUGAACACUGCAGCAGGCUAAUAUUUUGCAUGAAUGUGUUUUGUUGUGGACCAAAUUUAUGGAGCUGAAUGUUUGUGAUCGAGGAGAAUGAUGCUGCCACAGCUGAUUCUGACAGUGUGAAGGUUUCCCAGCUUUCAGACUCUGAGCAGGAUCAGGGGACGAGUCCGCCACAAAUGGAACGUCAGCUGUCAGACAACUCUGCUUCUUCAGUGGGUCCGUCCUGUGGAGACACUCGCUGCAGCGGCCGUGGAAGCUGUGUGCUUCCUGCAGAUGGGGGCGAUGGCCUGCGCUGUGACUGUAAGCUGGGUUACCACGGCAGCUCCUGCGAGCAGACCAUCAACGGGUCGCUGAGCUUAACGCUGACGCUCAGCAUCCUCGGCAUCAUACUCUUCCUGCUGAUCCUCGCGUUUGUCCUGGCCAAGUUACGCCGGAGGAAGAAGAAGGAGAACUGGAAAAAUGAAAAGUCACAAAAUAAUGAAAUGCAACUGAAAUCCUACAUCUGAGAUCAGCCCUGCCUUCACUCUCACACCUAAUGGAUGUGCACCUCAGAGACCUUAGCAUAAUCUUUGUAACACUGAUGCUUUAAAAGGCUUUGAUAUGGUGCCUACAAGGAAAACGUGACACUUUUCCAAUGUUAUUCUUUUCAUGAACCACAUACAACUAAAAAUCAAGUAAAGUAACAAUAAUAAUAUUACCAAACAUAUAGAUAUACUGCUGUGUUGCUGAUCUAUACCCUGACUGACUUAAAGACCGUUACUCUUUUUAUGUAUAUAAUAUAUAUAUAUAUAUAAUACUUUGUGUAGUUUAUAAUGUUAGCUUGUUUACAUUUACACAAAGUCUUUCAAGUGUGGACUUUGCACCUGGAUGCUCUCAUUCUACCUGUGAUGCAAUAGAAUCAAAGUCAGGGGCAGUAAACGCUACCGCUCUGAGCUUAUGUCGGGAGUCAGCUUCAACUUGAGCAAUAGAACUGAAUGGACACACUGAAACUAAGAUGUGCACAAACACACCUUCGCACAUCCUGUUCAUCAUCAUUUUCAAAUUCCUGUCAUGUGGAAAAUAUUUGGCACAUUACGGCAUAGGCCAGAAUGUUCACAAACAGCACCUGACUCUGCUUUGUCCUCCAUGAUGAGUGGGUCUGUGUGCUGUUUACAAUAAUUCUGCUUGGUAAAUAUGACAACAAUACUUCUGUGCUUUGUGUUGUCAAUAUUUCUAAUAAAAUAUACAAACCCCCAACAA